UCGGAAGUAAGGGCGGCUCUUAAAACUUAAAGAGAGAGAGGCAUGAUGGUAGACACACAGGAGGAGAAGAGAAUGACAGAGAGUUUAAUACCCAAAUUAGAGGUGGAGGAGAAGAAGGUUAAACCCUGGCUAUCAUGGGCUCCUUUCGCCGGAGAAAUAAAAAGGGUGGGUUACCUUGCGGGGCCUAUGGUGGCGGUGACCAUAUCGCAGUACCUCUUGCCAGUUAUAUCAACGAUGAUGGUGGGUCAUCUUGGUGAGCUUGCGCUUUCUAGCUCUUCCAUUGCCAUCUCUCUAGCCGGGGUCACCGGCUUCAGUUUUCUUCUAGGAAUGGCUAGUGCAUUGGAAACGUUGUGUGGACAAGCUUAUGGAGCUCAACAGUACCGAAAAGUGGGAAUCCAUACCUACACUGCUAUAUUUUGUUUGAUCAUAGUUUGCAUCCCUCUGUCCCUCAUAUGGCUAUACAUGGGAAGGUUACUUGUGUUCAUUGGUCAAGAUCCCUUAAUUUCACACGAAGCCGGUAAAUUCAUUCGGUGGCUUAUCCCGGCACUAUUUGCCUAUGCUACUUCUCAACCGCUUAUUCGCUACUUUCAGACACAAAGUUUGAUUACUCCCAUGCUCAUAUGCUCUUGUUCCAGUCUUUUAGUACAUAUACCUCUAUGUUGGGCUCUGGUGUUCAAGUUUGGAUUAGAAAAUGUAGGAGGAGCAUUAGCAAUUAGUAUCUCAAACUGGUUAAAUGUGAUUUUCCUUGCACUUUAUAUGUGGUACUCUCCCGCCUGUGCAAAAACUCGUGUCCCCGUUACAAUGGAAUUAUUCCAAGGAAUUAGAGAGUUUUUCCGUUUCGCAAUCCCUUCUGCUGUUAUGAUUUGUCUUGAAUGGUGGUCAUUUGAGCUACUUAUCCUGCUGUCUGGGCUUUUACCACAUCCAGAGCUGGAAACAUCCGUCCUAUCCGUGUGUCUCAACACCAUUUCAACACUUUAUGCCAUACCAUAUGGACUUGGUGCUGCAGCAAGUACUAGAGUUUCGAAUGAACUAGGGGCAGGGAACCCCCAAGCAGCGCGUGUGGCGGUGUAUGCUGCUAUAGCUCUUGCAGCUUUAGACACCCUUAUAGUUUCUGGAAUCCUGUUCGCGAUCCGAGAUGUUUUCGGUUAUGUUUAUAGCAAUGAGAAGGAAGUGGUGGAUUCUGUGACAAGCAUGGCUCCCUUGGUUUGCCUGUCUGUUAUUCUUGACGGCUUACAGGGGGUUCUUCAAGGUGUUGCAAGGGGAAGUGGAUGGCAGCAUAUAGGAGCUUAUGUCAACCUCGGAGCAUUUUAUCUUGUCGGGAUCCCUGCCGCUGCCACCCUUGCCUUCUGGCUACAGUUGAAAGGUAUUGGCCUGUGGGUCGGUAUACAGUCCGGUUCGUUAACCCAAAAUAUUCUGCUCGCCAUCGUUACAAGUUGCGUAAAUUGGGAAGAACAGGCAAGUAAAGCAAGGGAAAGGCUAUUCCAUGGAAGCUCAUCAAUAGAGUACGGAACUAUGUAAGAAAGCAGAAUCAAUGAGAGAUCGUUUUGGAACACAGAAAUUUUAUUACCAUAAUAUAUGUAAUAUUAUUAGAUAAGUGGGAAUAUAUACAUUUGCACAUCAUAGUAGGAUUGAAACAAUUGCCUAAUCUGGUGAAAAAGUUUAAGGACUUCUGUCAAAAGAAUUAGAUUGAAGAAA